ACCCAGCUGAUGAAGUGACUGGAUCGGAUCAGGCUUCUUCAGGAAACCAUCCCUGUGUUCAGCCCAGAGCCACAGAGAAAGUCCCAGGGCUUCCAAGACCAGCACUAGGCCACGCCCCUCACCGGUGCUGCUUUGCACCCUCCUUGGAGCGUUUUUACCUCGGUGGAAUGUGUUCUGGAACUCUUGUUGCCUGGAUGGAUGAUAGAGAAGGGUGUGUGUAGAAACUUGCCUGCUGUACAAAGAAUGGUGCCUCCCCCACCCAUUAACAAGUCCCAUGUCUGCCUCUCCACCACACUCAUCAUGAGCAGCAUGGUGCUGAUGGACGCCUACCUGGUGGAACAGAACCAGGGCUCCCGAAAAUUGGGCGUUUGUAUCAUGGUCUCAGUUGGGGACAUCUGCUUCCUGGUUGUGCUGAGGUACGUGGCUGUUUGGGUUGGGGCUGAGGUGAGGACAGCCAAGCGAGGCUAUGCCAUGAUCCUUUGGUUCCUCUAUGUCUUUGUGCUGGAGAUCAAGGUCUACUUCAUCUACCAGAACUACAAGGCAGACCGUAAAAGCUUGGACCUCAUGGCCCGCAAGGCUUUGACCCUUCUGCUCUCCAUCUGCAUCCCAGCCCUCUACGUGCUGCUGGUGGCUACAGAGCACAUGGAGUAUGUCAGGACGUUCAAGAAGAAGGAGGACCUUCGCAACCGUCUUUUCUGGGUCAUUGUUGACAUGCUGGAUGUCCUGGACAUCCAGGCCAACCUCUGGGAGCCCCAGAAGAAAGGGUUGCCUAUCUGGGCUGAAGGCUUGAUGUUCUUCUACUGCUACAUCUUGCUCCUGGUCCUCCCUUGCGUCUCUCUCUGUGAAAUCAGCAUGCAGGGGAUCAGCAUCGUGCCGCACCGCAUGAUGCUGUACCCGAUGCUGAGCAUGCUCACCAUCAACAUCACCACCAUCUUUAUUAGGGGGAGCAAUAUGGUGUUCUUCAGGGACAUCCGGGUCUCUGGAAUCUUCAUGGGGAAGAAUGUGCUGGCCAUCGUUCUCAAGGUCUGCAUGUUUGUGCAAUACAGGAAGCAUCUGCACCACACGCCUGCAGGAUCUGGCCCAGCAGACCCUCAGCACAAUGCCACUUCUCAGCCGCAACCUGUCAUGCAUCUGCUGAAACCCCAGAACCAGACUCCCUGUCCUGAAGGGCUGGCCCAGGAGAACACAUGACAUGCUGCGUGUUCACAUGCCAGGCUAGAAGUAACACCUUCUGUUUGUGAUCAUUAGGAUCGAUUGCAAAGAGGAACAAAGUCUGCUGAGCCCCGCAUAGCCAGGGCUGGUCCCUCCAGAAAGUCUAUGAGUGGUCCGCUCCUUUCCUCCCUUGCACAGACGCGCUGCUAGCCGUGUCUUGGAAUUGCCCUGGGCUGAGAUAAGAUCACUUCUAGAGUGGCACAGAGCAGAAACCAACCUUGACGCCAAGGUACCAGCUAGCAGGCUGUAGCGACUGACGGGUGGGUCCGUGGAGAGUAUUGAUAAAAAUCUGCUCAAUGGUUAGCAGGCAGCAGCAAGCGAUUUGACUCUCUCCUUUGCUUCUGUGUACUCAGUCAUUUCUGUAACCGAAGUUGUUUUGGAACAUAGCCAGUUCUGUUGGCCUGGGGCAGACCUGGGAAUGCUAGUAUAUUCUGCAUCUGUUUGAUAUAUCAUUUUCUAACGUCGGUGACCUUCCUUUCUGGGAUGGGUGGAAGACACUGCGUCUAGUGCCUACUUGCUUACAUUCCUUGGGAGUGCCUGGGGUGAGGACAUUGGGCAGCGGUCCCCAGCCUGGUGCCCUCCAGAUGUUUUGGACUACAACUCCCAUCAGCCCCAGCCAGCAUGGAUGUGCUGUAGUCCAAAACAGCUGGAGGGCACCAGGCUUGGGAGGGCUCGCAUCGGGUUUCCAUCAGUUCAAGAGCAACAUUGACUCCCCAGUGGAAACAUGCUGGAUCGUGAACCCUUCUUUCUUUCUAUCCAUUGACAUUUUUCUCUUUCCAAUAAAACAAAGACCAAGUC